AUGGACCCAGCAGGACCCGGGCCCGCUAUUCCUCCUUCCGCCCCGUCCCCGGAGAAUCCGUCUUCGGGGUCGGGCGGUGGAGAGGUGGUGCUGUCCGAUGUCAUGGGUCGCGACAGGAGCAUCAACCUUUUUGCGGGCUUUGUAAGAGAUAUCGAGUCUGCGUCGCAACGUCUCGACGACUCGUCCCGCAACACGACCGUUCUUGCCCCCUUGAACUCGGCCAUCGAAAAGCUUCCGCGCAAGCCUUGGGAGGACCCCAGAGACUAUGGCGCUCUUGGCCCUAACGCGUACGAGGGCGAUGAUGGCCAAGAGAGAGCGCAACGAAACCUGCGCAGGUUUGUCGAAGCACACAUGGUGCAGAUCAACCCGUGGCCCGAGGGCGAGAGAGUAAAGGCGAUUGGUGACGACCAAGACAUCUGGUGGGAGGAUAAGGACGGGACUAAAGUGAUCCAACCGGGAAACAUUGAGGUUGUCAGCAUUGCGAGCACCGUUGCCAAUGGUCAAGUGUGGAUUCUGCGAAAAGUCCGCAACUACGCUUAA